AUGGUGAGAAAAUACCAAAGAAAUCACUACUAUCAAUAAAUUUUCAUUAUGAAAAUCAAUUUUUCAAACCCAUUGAGAUAUGAACAAUUUCUCACAGCAUAAUGAACAAAUAAUAUCUGGUUAAUCCAUCCAUUCAUUACAUGAAAAAAUGAUCGAUUUGUGUUUGCCACGAAACCUCGAUCGCUGUCACUGAAAAUGCAACAAAAGCCUUGAAUUUGAUCAUUGCAUUUCAGUGUUUUUUUUCUGUUUGUGUUUCUUCCUGUCAUUGUCUUUGUGUGUGUGUGUUUGUAUUUGUUUUUUAAUUAAAUGUGUGGAAUAUAAAAUUGUUUGGCCUAGAAUUUGUUAAACUAUUUCCUGUUAGAUCAUUUGUAAUCAUCAAUGACAACCCUAUGAUGAUUAAAUGAUAAUAAUAAUAAUGUACAAUUUGAUUGAUAACGUCGAAUGACCGCCUUCAUUAAUGAUGCUGUAAUAUGGAAAUUUCUCGUACUUAAAAUUUACAUAGCUAUAUAAAUGAUGUGAUUUUUCUUUUGUCAUUGCCAUUCAUUCAUUCUGGUUCAUAUAUUUGAUGAAAAAAAAAAAUACAAUUGAUCUCAACAAUAAUAUAAUAAUUUAUCUCAAUAAUUUGGCUUGAAAAACUUUGAGAAAAGCAUAAUUUCUACAUAUUAAUCAAGAUAAUUUUUCCUAUCGAUAAACUCAACAUUUUGUAACAAAAAUGACCUGUUCUGGUUGCCUGUUUGGCCUAUUCAAAUUCAUCUAUGUCAUAUUGACAUUUAUUGUACUAGCCAUCCAUAUUCACUACAUAUGGUUUUAUUUGGCGAAUGUACGUGAUAUGGAAUCAUUUUUUAAUCAUAAUCAAUUUGCCCAUUUUAUGGGCAUCUUUUUGGGCUUUUUAUUCCGUAUCAGUGGACUAUUGUCGGCUUGUAAGGAAAAGAUUGCCUUAACCUGUACUUAUAGCUUAUUUUUGGUGUUAAUAUUAUUGAUUUCACGUCAAAUUGAUAUUAUAUUCGCCAUACAUGCCAUAACAGCCAUCUAUGCAAUGUGGUUCGUACUAGCAUUAAAAUAUGUACGUCAUAAGAAAAAACGUCGACAAUUACGACAUCAAAUUCCAACAUCGAUUAUAACCGGUGGUUCCGGUUCAGGUCGUAAUGUUAGUCGUCAAAGUCGAAGUAGUUCAACAACUACUGGAACAACAACUAUCGCUAAUACUCGUUCAUCAUCAAUAACUGUUGAUCUAUUAGAUGAUCCAGCUGGUCGUGUAAUCAAUGUUAUGCCAUCGGCUCCAUCAUUCAAUGAAUCACAACCACCGGAUCCAACUAUAACAACGACAACAACUGGUUAUGAUAGUUCUAAUAAUUUACAGCCUCCAUUGUAUGAUCAUGUCGGUUAUCCACAAUUGAAUCAUACACCACCACCAUCAUAUACUGAAUUAUUUGAAUCAAAACAAUCAUGAACAAUAAUAACACAUACAAUAUCAAUAAAUAAAAUAAAAUUUCAAAAAAAAAAUCAUUCAACAAUAUAGCAACACAUAAAUGGAAUCUCAUCAUCUUUUUUUUAAAUAUUUUUUUUUACAUUUUGAUUACAUAACAAUUUUCAUCAUCAUCAUGAUCAUACUAUCAAUCAAUCACAGCCAUCAUAAACAGUGAGCUUUCACAUCGGAAAAUACUGCACAAAAUAAUCGAUCAAUACACACAAGCCCCAUUUAUAAUGAAUACAUCAUUUUUUCUCGACUUGACAUUUUUUUUCCAUAACUUAAUUUUGUAAAAUAAAAUUUUUUUUUUCCAUACA